AUGGAAAUUUCAUCAAUAUUUAUCCAUCCAGUAAAAUCAUGCAGAGGCAUUGAAUUAAAAGAAUCAAAGGUGAACAAGUAUGGAUUCAAGUAUGAUAGGUUUUGGAUGAUAGUUGAUGAAAAUAACAGGUUUAUUACGCAACGCAAUGAACCAAAGCUCGCGCUAUUGAAACCAAUUAUUAAAGAAAGCGAAGGAUUGCUUGUAAUUAAAAAUGUAAAAAACAAUAAAGAAUUGGAAUUAGAACUUAAUCCAAAUCAAAAGAAUUAUUCAAAACUACAAGUUACAGUAUGGGAUGAUAAUGUUGCUGCAUAUGAUUGCGGAGAAGAAGCAAAUCUUUGGAUUAAUGGCUUUUUAGUUAGCGAAGGUGUUGAUGGUAUAAAAGCCAAAAUUUGUUUUAAAGACCCUGAUGAAAUUAGAACUAUUAGGAGAAAUCUUCCGCCAAAAGAUGAAUUUGUAAAAAUUUAUCAUAAUCUUGAGGUUUCUUUUUCAGAUGCAACUCCGUUUCUGAUCAUUACACAAGAAUCAUUGUCAGAUCUUAAUAGUCGCUUGGUGAACCCUGUUGAAACAAGAAAUUUCAGACCAAACAUUGUUGUAAAAGGGAGUCAAAAGGCUUAUGAAGAAGAUACUUGGAAGAAGAUAUUGAUUGGAGGGCAUUUAUUUUUUAUUAUUAGCAGAUGGGAACGUAAUGCUUUAGAACCGUUGAAAACUUUACAAUCGUAUAGAAGAGUCGAUAAAGGUGCAAAAUAUCAUGCUUGUUUUGGAAUGAACGCAAUUCAUAGUGAAACAGAUAUAAUCAUCAAAGUUGGAGAUUUGGUUGAAGUCGUCGAAACCGGAGAACACCAGCGAGAAAAACAAUAG